GUGGGGACGUUGCGGUGUUACGUACGUUACGGCGGAAGGUUCAAUUGUUGGUGAGCCGUCGCGACGGACGGUUUGGGUGCGCGAUAAGUUCGAACAAGGGAUUAAGAGCGCGUGCCUCGGCUGCGCGACAAUCGGUGCCGUGCACCAACGAAGGGAGCAGCGCGUGCUGCAACGUUGUUUCUCCACCGAGCGUGAGAAUCCGUUAUAAAAUUUGAAGGUGUCGCCGGGUCGCCAACUUCACGCGGGAAGCACACGCCGUAGCUUCCCCUCGAAUCAACACUGUCGAUAGAUUUUUGAAUCUUGAAAUGUGUCUUGCGGCCGUCCAGCGUUCAUCACGCACAACGACAGUGACGCGAUAUUCCGUGCUCCGUGGCGUUGACGGAAACGCAGAGGUGCGUCCGCGUCUAUCGUGAUCGCGAUCGAAAAUCGAUCUGUGAGUGAAAGAGCGGAGAAAAAAAAAGCGAAGGAUAGAAAGAUACACUCGUGACGCUCUCAAGUGUGUGCGGCGAUUUCUGGGAUUUCUACGCCGCUUGAAAGUUUGUGCAACGUUCAACCGUUUUCUGGAGUUUCGACAUUUUUUUUUGUGACAGAACCCCUCCUGGCAGCAGCGGCCAUGACCGCGGACAGCCUGUUCGAGACCACCAGCAUCCCGGGGCACCUCGCUCCCACGCCCGAGAGACUGGAGAGACUUCUCUCGAAGCAGACCCUGGAGGAGCUCUACGAGGUCGAGGAACAGCCUUUCGCACGUGGUAAAUAUGCGACGGUAAGAAGAUGCCGCGAGAGAUCCAGCGGCAGGCAGUGGGCCGCCAAGUUCCUGAGGAAGCGACGGCGGGCCCAGGAGCUGAGAGCGGAAGCGCUUCACGAGGUCGCUGUGUUGGAUGCCGCGGCCCAUUGUUCUCGUCUCGUCUCCCUCCAUCAGGUCUUCGAGACCAACACCGAGAUGGUGCUCGUCCUCGAAAUGGCUCCCGGCGGCGAGUUACAAAUGAUACUCGACCGAGACGAAGUUCCUGAGGAACGGCAGGUCGCCAGAUUGCUGAAGCAGAUUUUGGACGGGAUCGCCUUUCUGCAUUCCCUCAACGUAGCUCACCUCGACAUCAAGCCGCAGAAUCUGGUGCUCACCGGAGAGUUUCCGGAUUGCGACGUCAAGUUAUGCGACUUCGGCAUAUCGCGGUACAUCAGUCACGGAGCGGACAUACGAGAGAUUCUGGGCACGCCCGACUAUGUUGCGCCGGAGGUCCUGAAUUACGAGCCAAUCAGUCUGGCGACCGACAUGUGGUCCGUCGGCGUGCUGCUCUACGUGCUGCUAACGGGAUGCUCGCCGUUCGGCGGUGACACGAAGCAGGAGACGUUCUGCAACAUCAGUAGGUGUCGCCUGGACUUCCCGGACGAUCUCUUUGAGGACGUUUCCGAGGAGGCGCGCGAUCUCAUGCGCAAGCUCAUGGUCAAAGACCCGUGCGAUCGCCUGACGGUGACCGAGUGCCUUCAGCAUCCCUGGUUCAGCAUAUUCGAGCAAGCGUCGUCGACGCCUCUGCCAUCGACGACGUGCUCCGCGUCGGACAACAGCCCCGUCACGGACUCCACGACGACGUCCACGCAGGAGGAGGCCUCGCCGUCGAAGCAACCGAUCGCCAACGGCCAAAUCGCGAACACGUCGUCGCCCACGUCAAAGAGCGACAGCGAGAAGCAGCAACAAAGAUCGUCCACCAGUCUGUGCCACAGUCCGGAAUCCUCCAAGCCGACGAGUCCCCGCGCCGUCUCCUCGCACACGGAGAAUCUGUACACGAGCGCGAAAUCGACGCCGAAGCCCAUCAGAUUCGGCUUGAGUCCGGAUCGCAGGGACACUUUUAAGCGGAAUAUGGACUCGCUGGCGCGGAAGUUCUCCGGCACUGUUCUGCCGGAGAUCGUCAUCAUAGAGUCGACGUCGAGCGCGUCGUCGAGCGGUAACGGCGGUAUUCAGCAACGACGCGCCACCGCCACCCAUACGAUGCCGGCCGGCGGCGAGGUGUUCAAGUGCACGCCCGUGUUCAUCCUCGGCGAGGCGGAGCAGCAGUGCAGCGACAGCGGCAGCGACACCGUCUCCGAGAUCUCGACCGACAGCUCGAGCGACCGCAGCAGCAUCUACUCGGACGACUCCCUGGACUUCAUACUUUACGGUAAGAGCCAAGGCAGGGCGAGCUUUCCGUUCACCGCUGCCGACGCGGCCGCCGACAGGUGGGACCACAGGCAUCAUCGCACCGCCCAGGUGUGGCCGCGCGAGUGCAGCGGCGUCGUCAGCAAGGCGCUCAGUCGCUUCACGUCGGAGAGCGGCGCGUCCGGCACGACGAAGAUGGCGAAAAUGCCGACGUCGAUGGCAACGGCGACGGCACUGCGCAGCGCCAGCAAGAUCGGCCUCGAGGCGCUCCGCGAGCGGGGCGGCAACCUGGUGGUCAUCCGGGAGCCCGUGCGCGCCGGCAGAUACACCAGAUACAGCGAGGUGCAGUGCGAGUCGGUGCAGGCGCGAAUCCGGCGGUUCCAGGUGCAUGAAGCUUCGUAAGAUCGUCCCGCGCGGGCAGGUGUCGCCUUAAAUUGCACUUGCGCCAGGUGGACGGACGUCUGCCGGCCUCUUCGAGGAAUUACCGGGAGAGAUGGGGGAGGCAGUUGUACACAUCGCGUGUAUACAGUGACGUGAGAGAGAGGAAAAGGGCAAGUUUUGAGCAGCAAGGUGUUUAGGGAUGUGUAGGGUGAAGCGAAGGGAGGAGAUAAAGUUCCUCGGGGUUCGUGAAGGCUGUGACUGCGAGGACGGAGAAGAUUCUUCCGGCAGGGUUCAGGUUUCCACGAGAAUAUAGAACGAUGAGCUUUAUGAAAAAUAGAAUUCGGAUUCUCGGUUUACGAUUGUCGCGGUAGGACGGUAAAGUCGAGAGUGCGUGUGCCAUGCGACAAUUGUAAAAAAGGAAGAAAGAAAGAAAUUACUUCUGAAUCUAUUUCUCGUAAAGUGCACAAUGCUGUGAUAGCGUUUAGGGGAACGUGAAGUUUGCGGAGAAGGCGGUGUGCUUUAUCUAUCGCCGGUGAGGACGAUCUGUGUCAUAGGCGUAUCCGACCGAGAGAUUUUGCGAAGCAGCAUCACAUGUAACUCGAUCGCGAUAUAUAUAUAUAUAAUAUGUAGCCGUAAAUAUUUCGUAGCGGAGGAGAGCGAAAAGUUAUGCACACCACCCGAACCUGAUCUCCAGAAUUCCCGAACAGCCUCUCGAUGUCCCUAGCCCGACUUUUGCCGGAUUCCUCGGCAACCCGAGAACGAUCGUACAUUAGGCAGCGCAUAAACGUAUCCCGCGUGUAUACAUAUACAUACGAAACGCUUCUACACGCGUGCCUUCGCGAAGGUGCCGAUCGAGAGAUCGUAGCUCGUAGCAUAUCAAAGCGAACAAAUGGCUGUUGUAAAUACGGGUGAGUACGUGAGUGCGUGAAUUUGCGGCGUGCCUGCGUGUGUGCUGACUUCUUCUUCGUGGAGCGAGCAAACGAGCAGCUUCGAGGAGGGCGGUCUUGAUGUACAUAUUCGAGUAAUCAGAGAAGGGAACGAAUGCGACGGAAUGAGUUGCGUGACUUACGCGAAGAAAAAGAAAAGAAAAAGAAAAGAGAAGCCUGCGGUUGCGGCGACGCCGAUUUCGGGGGUGGUCCCGCGCCCAGACCGACGACGGAGAUCCGGGGGAAGGUCGAACGGAGGUCGUCGCAUCAUCCGACACCGAAUUCCGGGAGAAACGCAUUCUGCCGCAAUGAGGUCACGCAUAGUCGGUCGGUCGGGAAUAAUGCGCGGUUCUCCGGCAAUCUCGACCGGAUCUCUCCGUCGCUGUUUGGCGAAGUGUAAAUAGCAGAACCCACGAGCAUCUGAAAAAGACGCUCGACGCGGAAAAGAGACUUGGACCGAGGCAGCUCUUACAGUCUGCCCUUACUAAUAGACUGAUCGAUCGUCCUUUCGAGCUGAAGAAGGCUCAAGUUGCAUCGCGCGCCAUGCACCGAAACACGUUUUGAAACAACACUUUGAUUCUAAUGGACUUGAUUUCCGAAAUACGAGUUUUCGAAACGAAUAACUAAUGCGGACAUUUCAAUAUUUUAAAUAUAAGAUAUUUACGUAUUUAUGUAUUGAUAAUUGAAAUUGAAAAAAGAAACCGUCUUAUCGACGCUACAUGUUUCGACAAUUUGAGCAUUUGAUUUUCAUUAUGAGAAAAAUCAAUCUGCAUUUCUAGCAAUCGCUUAUAUUGUAUCUCGGUGCAUCACGCGUGAUUCCAUCAAAAUUGCCAUACUGGUUGUCGACGACAGCCAGCGACAAUCCAGAUAGAAACACUCCGGUGCCUUUCUUAAGGGAAUCACAAUGCGUGUGCGUAAAAUACGAUGUCGCCAGUGCCUACGUUUAACUUGUCCGGUACGCAGCAAGGUUUCGAGUCACUAGACUGUGAUGUACAGAAGACAAAGAAGGUACUUGCCGGUGUGAAAAGUGCCUUAAUUGCGCGCGACGCUUCGCGGGAGAUCGAAAUUGAGAGCCUAGACGAGUCUUCUAGGCGUCUCUAAUUCUUAAGUUAGCUCGAAUGCGGCCUCGGCAGAGAAGGUCAACAACGCGGGGUCAAGCCCUUCGGAUGUCAGUGAACUCUCGUCGCACGAAAACCACCGAAAACUUCGACUCUCGUCGCACAUUUAUCAAAGGGAAAAGGAAUUGCUCACAAGUUGUAUCAUGUAUAUAUUUUUUUUUUGUGAAAAAUAUCAAUCAUGAUUAGAUGUGCUUUAAAAUCGGUAUUUUUUUUCUUUAAUUAUUUUAUAAUUAUUUCACGUCAUGCACGUAAAAAGAAUGAUCCACCUCGUCUGCUCCCCGUAUAAUUCUCGCAUACACGCGAAAUCGAAAUUGCACAUACACACAUCGCGAAUUUAUCCACGGAAUUCAUUAUCGCGCGCAAAUUGAAGACACGCGAGUAGCUCGCGUGGUAGCGCUAUGAAUGCUAGUCAUAAACGCGGUUCGUCUUCUUUCUCACGCUCGUUCCCCCCUUUUUUCGCGCCUCCAAUUUUCGUUCAUCUCGUCACGGACACACGCUUGUUGGCAUAACGCUAACGAGCGACCUGUGUCUUUGAGACGACAAAAGAAAGAAGAGCGGACGAGAGCGUUGCAAAAAUAACGAACUUGGUUAGCGAGCCUCACUUUGAGCAGCAUGAGAGUCUCGUCCAACCGCGCAAAUUUGUACAUUUCUCUGCAUAAAUUUAUGGGAUACGCGAGAACGUGAAAUUUCCCAGUAACAUAUUUUAACGUCACGAAACUUUUUGUAAUACGAUGUAAAUAUAUUUAAAACUCAUUUUGUAUCAUUUUUGUAAAGAAAACUAUGUUUUUGGUGGUUUCUUCAAAAUUGCAAGAUACAAUUCUCAAAAUUAUAUGAAGAUAUAAAGAGCACAUUUUGAUAUGUUGACUAUUUCGAGGAUUUCUACCGUUUAGACUAUGAAAAUGUAGAAUUUUCGCAAUUUAUACCGGGAGUGUCGAAAGAAUGUUGAAUAUUUCGCGAGCAGGAUCGCACAAUGUUUUUGAUCUUCUCUUCAAUGGCUGCUUUAACCAUUGCGCGCGAAUGCGAAGCAAAAGCGCGGAAAUGCUCUCCGACCUCGUGAAGCGAGGUGAUCAUUCGACCGAUUCUCAACCCUGCGGAUCGCGUUGACUUCGCGACCGGUCGGAAAUUAUCCAAGGGUUGACACGGAAAUUAAACAGUAAGAUACGUCGCGCGGCGACGGCGGUACACAUUCAAGCGGUACAAUUCUAGCGCGUACACAAUUCCCCCUCGAGAUGCAUGGUCUGCGCGUGUGGGUGGGAAUGUGGUUCAGGAUGUGUCCCCGAGAAUCAAAGGGCAGGAUAAAUUUGUAAUAUAAUUUUGCUACGACGGGCGAGAGCGGCGUGAUUCGGAGCGAGCCGACAUUUACGUUUUCUCGCGGUGAAUUCGCAAUUAUUUAUUCUUCUUCUUCUUUGUGAUAUGUCAUUAGUCAGAAUUAAUCAAUUUUCACUUCAUGCUUUUUCCUUUGUGUUAAACCAAUACCGUGAGAAAAGAUGCGUCGUCUCUUGUCUUCUGCGCUACUUGGACACGCCGCGCUGUCCGAUAUAUUCUCUAUUAUCAUUAUUAUUAUUAUUAUUAUAUUCUAUAAUAAUUAUUAUUAUUAUAUAUAUAUUAAACUAUAUAUUAUUACAUUAUUAUUACUAUACCAUUAAUACCGGAAUUAAUCGCGAAGGUUACAGUCGCGCAUGUAGUUGCUAAAAGCCUCCUGUAAAUACUUCUGUCAUUGUAUUAAUUUUAAUAAUACGUACGAAAUAAAUGCAACAAUACGCAUACGAAGCUAUA